AGAAAUUUGGAAGCAGAAGCCGCAGCUCCCGGAGAGAUGGCAACGUCAAUGAAUUUCUGUGUUUUCAGCGUUCUGGUGACAGGAUCCGAUCGGGGGAUCGGUCUGGGUCUGGUGAAGAGAUUUCUGGAGCUGCCUUCUCCACCCAAAUGGGUCUUUGCUACAACCCUUGAUCUGGAAGGAAAAGAAACCAAGGAGGUGAAAGAGUUGGCUUGCAAGCAUCCAAAUCUGGUGAUGUUGCAGUUAGAUGUCACUAAACCCGAGAGCAUCCAAGCAGCUCUGAAGGAAGUAGAAAAGUGUGUUGGAGAAAGUGGGCUGACCCUCCUCAUCAACAAUGCUGGCAUUGGGUUGUUCAAUGACCUUGAAACAGAAAAUGCCAAGGAUAUGAUGGCGGUGUAUUCCAUCAACACCAUCGGCCCUCUACUAAUGAGUCAGGCCUUUCUGCCCCUGCUGAAGAAGGCAGCCAGGAGAAGUCCAUGUCAAGAGCUGAGCAGCAGCCAAGCGGCUGUUAUCAAUAUCUCCAGUGCUGCAGGAUCCAUGGAAGUGAUGCUCCUUUGGGAUAAGUUGAAAGUCAUUGGCUACCGUUGCAGUAAGGCUUCUUUAAACAUGCUCACCAAAUGCCAGUCACUUGAGUAUCCACGCUACGGGAUUCUGUCCGUCUGCAUCCAUCCUGGCUGGGUGAAGACGGUUUACGAAGAUGCGGAUCUAACGGUAGAAGAGAGCACACAGGGCAUCAUGGCUGUGCUUUCCAUACUUUCUGAGAAGGAUAACGGGAACUUUGUGGACUGGUUGGGCCGACAAGUACCCUGGUGAUCCAUUUGCAUCUUAAUGCUUGGACACUAAGCAUUAAGUGCCCACUAAUGCUUAGUCUCCAAGCUAAUAUAAGACUAAUGUAACACUAUAUUCCCAGGUGGUGAAUCUCCAAUAAAUCACUGAUUGUCCUGAAAAUCUUGUCUUUGUUAUCCCUCCCCCACUUCAUUGUAUGUCCGCAUGAUAUUUUCACAUCUUAAGUAUGCAGUAUGAUAAACAUGCAGGGCCGACGCAACACGUUUAUCUUAGUGCAAUAUAUUAUAAUGUAAUGUAAACACAUAAAUGUAUAGAGAGGGAUUGUGUGUUGUUAGCAUGAUUUAUUGGGCUAGAGAUUUUCC